GAUUGACUUGUAGCAGGUCCAAGUGGGUGGGGUAUUUUGCCAUAGUGAAUUUUUUCUUCUCCGACUCAUUGUGUCGUGUGUCGUUACUUGAAGUACAACAAGUAAAUUGCUGUAUCGAAAACAAAAAGCCCGCCAUUUAUGAAAAUAUCUGAGAGGCGAUGCUGUUGAGAUACUCUGGUUGGAAAUGGGAACUAUUCUGCUUAAGAAGACAUUAAAGUUUGCUGCACCCACCAAAUGGGCAGUACCUCUGUCUAGCUGAGUUAUUCAUUGAGAAAUAUCAGGUAUGGCAUCUCCUUUGGACAGUCGCUACCUUAAGUCUCCUCAGUCACCCAAAAGGGCACAGUCUGUUUCACCAGAAAAAACAUUCCAGUUUAAUGAGGAGCCAAGUAUGGCAGAAAAAGAUGAAAUAACAUUAUUGAGGAUCAAGUUAUCAAAGAUGCAAUCAGAACAAGCUGAAAGAGCUCAUGAAUAUAAUGAAGAUUGCAAAAAUCUAGAGGUACAAGUCACAAAUCUCAGGACAACUGUUGAAAAGGGAGAGGUUCUUAAACAAAAACUGGAGUAUGAAUUAACACUGGCCCAAAGGUCCCUAAGCAAUGAAAGGAGAAAAUUUGCUGAGAAAGAGGUGAAACUUCAAAGAGAAAAUGACAGGCUCAAAGAAACAGUUUCGAAUCUUGAAAACGAAAUAAGUGGUUUGAAGAAGACUAUUGAAAAUGAAAACAAUACUAGGAUAGCAGAAGUCAAGAAAAGUGAAAAAUUUGCAAUGAAAAAGGAAAAUGAAAUCAUACAAGUCAAAGAAAUGAAUAAAAAGUUGCUCGAAUCGGAACAAAAUUUGAAGAAAGCACAAAAGGAAAGUGAAAACCUUAUAGCAGAUCUUCAAGAAAAAUGCAGAACUUUUACAAAUCAAAGAGAUGCUCAGAACGACACAGUCCGCCGUUUGAUGAAAGACAUAGAGUUUUCGUCGAACCAGGAGGAAAGACUUGAAUCUGAGUUAUCUAAAUCUAAGGAGAAGUUGAAGCAUUUAGAAGGCAUGAUUGAGUCCGAACGAACCGCCCAUCUCGAAACAAAGUUUAAUUUUGAGCUGCUCCAGGUUCGCAUCCGAGACCUAGAAGGCAGUGAAGCAUCGCUCAAAGACUGCAGGCAGGAUCUUGAAAAUUAUGCCAGGGAUUACAAAGAACUGCAAAAUGCCUUGGACCAGCAGUCGGAAGCUUGUAGUGAGCUGAAGAAAUUAAUGGAACGAAAAGAUCAGCAGUACUCAAUAGAGCUGAACGAACUACAGAGAGAACUGAAAGAGAAGUUCGAAAGAGAAAAACUAUUGUCUGACCAACUUGAUGUACAUCAGACGAAUUUCAAUUCUUUACGAAGCGAAUUAACAGAGGCCAAAAAUCACCAAACUAGCGUCGAAUCAGCGUACGGAAGUAAUUUGAAGGAGUUGGAAGUGAUUUUGGAUAACUUUAGAUUCGAAAAUGCCAAUGACACAGAGAAGACAGUGGAAAAACGCAAGAAGAAAAAAACCACUUGGAGCAUUUUGCUAGAAGACCUCCGACACAUGUUGAGAGAUUACCAAACGAGGCUCAUGGAUGCCAACACCAGGCUGGAUACACUAAAAAAGACAAACGACCAAUCGACAAAUGAUUGCCAACGGUUGAAGCAGAAGCUCAGGGACAAGGACAAAGCAUUAGAGGAGUCUCAAAAUGGAUUGAAGAGCUCACAUUUAGAAUCGGCACGCUACAAAGCUGAGUGUCUGAAACUCGAGAAUGAAUUGGCAAAGUUCCAAGAUGAUUCGAGUAAGAUUGUUAAAAAGUUCGGGGAUCAGAAAGACAGAUAUCAUCAAUUAUACCUCCAGAUGGAAGAUCUUCAGGAAACCUUAACAAGAACCCAAGAGACUCACGAGGUGUCCCUUUAUGGAAUUUAUCAGCAUCUCAUCACUGGGCGUCCAUUCCUGCAGUCAAGACGAGAAAACGUCAUGACGUCAUUUUCAGCGACAGAAUUGAGUCAAAUGAUAGAAGAGCAGCUAGAUGCGAAGAUUUCCGCCUUGAAAGUUGCGGAGGAGAGAAACGAUAAACUUGAGGGACAUUUGAAAGAAUGCAAGGAUGAUCAUGAAAAAUUAACGCAUGCGUACAAUGAUAUAGUGAAGAAGGCUUCUAAAAGAAAUAAAGAGAAAGAAGCUGAAUGGAAGAGAAUGAAGGCCGAGUUAGAGGAACAUUACAAGAGGAUCAUUGAAGACACUCAAUCAAAAACAGAUAAGUCAAAGGCUACCUUGAAUGAGAUUUCCACAAAACUUGAUAAAACAGUACGAUCCAAAGAAGAAAUGGAAUUAGAGAACUCGAAGCUGCAGAAAGUAUUAAAAGCAUUUGCGCAUGAAAAGGGUUGCCUCUUGCUGGCAAAUGCCUUGAUAUCAGGGUCGUUUGUGUAUGUCGUAUCACAGCUUUACAACUCAAAUGUCCAGAAGAGUUUAAUGGAGAAGAUGGUUAAAGAGGCUGCAUAUUUGAAGCAUCAAAUUAUUGAUCUUGUCGAGAUAUUGAGAUCCGAAAUGGACGAAGCAAAUGGAAAUAUUCGACCAAAAGCAAGCACGAACCAGAAAAAGCUUCCUGGCAUUCUCAAGUUUAGGAAAGGGGUGAUUGCCAUACUUGCUAUAAACAGAUUUUGUCAUCAUGCUAUUUGUGCGAGACCAUAUCUGAAAGUGGGUCAAUCGUCCUCUGAGAUGAACAAUAAUUUUGUAAUACUUUUAUCGAGCAAACGAAGAAAGGGUGUGAAAUUUAAAGGAAUACACCAUCAACAAUUUCCAAGAAAGCCUUGUUCAACAUCUUGCUUGCAAUCACUCACUAGUGAAAGUUUGGCUUCCGUUGUUAUCCAUUCAACGAAAAAUCUCACUGAAGAGAUAGGGAAGGUACCUGAUUUCAGACAUGUCGCUCAUGGUGCAGAUCGGGAAUAUUUUUAUGAUGAUGAAGAGGAAACAAACGACUACAGCAAGAGACCUCUAGCUGUCAGCAGUAUUGCUGAUGAAGCAAAGAAGGCUUUCAGGAAACUGUUUAAGGGCCUUCACAAAGAAUUCCCAUCGUCAGUUUAUGAGCCGAAGAUAUCAACUUAUGAGUCCUCCGACUCACUGGCAAGCCAACUUCGAACAGGUUUAAGAAGAGCCCUGGCCAGAGGCAAAGACCAUUGGAAGAAGGAACCUUACCCAUCUUCAUUGUCUCUUGUGGAUACGAUGAAGAAUCAAUUGCUGGCAUUUAUCGAGCGUCUGCAUGCAGCUGAAAUCGAAAGAAAGUCUUUCAGACAUAAUCUUAUGAGACUCAAUGAAGAAAGAAACAACUUGGAAAACUUCCUCAGAUCUGAACGACAGCAUAAGACUAACUUGGCAGAGGAAGGAAGUGCCAUGCAGCGACAGCUGGACAAGAUGAAGGCAAGGAUGAUUAACAUGGUUGAUGCUGAAAGGUACGAUGCACUUUGUGAUGACCUGAAUGUGGCAUUGGAAAGAGAAGCAAAGGCGCAGAAAAUGCUAGAGGAAUACACGAAGCAGCUCCAGGACCUUGAGAAUAGGGUCGAGAAGCAUUCAUCACAGGAGAAGUCCAAAGAUGCAACAAUGUCAGAAACUAUGCACAUGCUUAACAAUGCAAAACAUGAGAUCAGUAAGCGAGAUGAAAUGGUAAAGAAACUUAGAGUUGAUGCUGGGAGUUUGGAAAAUGAAAAAAUCUUGGCGCAAAGAAAUCUAGCUGAUUUACAAGCAUCUUACAAAUCAAUUUUAAGGGAACAAGAGAUCAUUACAAGUUAUAUUCGAGCAGUUGGGACAGUACUAGAACAGAGCAAACUACAAGCAACAUUAAACAGCACCGAGAAGUUUGACUUUGUGUUACCAGAACUAGUUCUUCCAAAUGAAGUGCUCACUUUGGAUGGAAUUCAAAUUUCUAAAGAUGUCCUGGCUUGUCAGGACACUGUACAUAUGUUUUACCAAGCUCAGAACUUGGCACUUCAAGAAAUAUCAAAACUAUGUGUUGAGAAGCAGCACUUGACGCAGAAACUUGACAUCCUGAGUGAAGAAGUAAGGUCUCAGCGAGAUAGUGUUAUGCAAAUCAGAGGAGAAAUGAAUGCACUGCAGCUAGCAAAUUCAUCAUCUAGAAGAGGCAUACCCAUAGGUCAUAAAUCAGAUGUCAAUCCAGUGGGUCUUUUUAUGAGAGAGAACUUGAAGACUAAUGGAAAUCGAGAUUUGCAUAACAGUCAUGGACUUCCUUCCAAUGGAUUUUUCCCACUUAUGACUGCAGAUAAGAGCUAGCAAAUGUGAUUUCAUGAAGACUCGGUUUAUUGUAUAUAUUUCAAACCUGUAAAUAACAGCUAUUUUACCUCUUAUUAACACAUUUAAAGGAAUAUGUUUUAUAUAUUGUAUGUUUCUCAUGACUUCAUCUCAUAUAUUUAGAGUUUGAGAUUAUUUGUGUUUUCCUAGUGUUUUUAUGUGACUGUUCCUAGGAAAAUAUUAAAUGUAACUAAGCUCUAAUGAUAUUUUUAGCAAAUGUGUUUAACUACAUUAUUAAACCUAUCCACUCCAUAUAAUUAUGUAUAGCAAAAAUAAUUAUUCCUCGUUACAAUUCUAGCCUGUCUUGGUAAUCCCAGCAGCUAUAUUGAAUGCUCGGGGAUUAUCCUACCUCUUACAUUUCUUGAAAAAAAUGUGUACAUUCUAUGUGUUUUUGUACUUCACUUAGCAAUUCUAUUCUAUACUAUAUUAUAUUAUACUAU